AUGGGUCUGAGACGGCACCUGGCGGCCCUCGCGCUCGUCGGCGCCGCCGACGCCGCCGUGCGCGUCGCGUGCCUCGGCGACUCCAUCACCAAGGGCGGCCACGGCAGCGACGAGGACGACGACGACCACGCGGACUCCUACCCCGAGUUCCUCGGUGCGCUCCUCGGCGACGGCUACGACGUGCGCAACUACGGCUCGAGCGGCAAGACGGCCGCGGACUACGGCACGGACGAGUCCAACCCCUACCGCGAGACGUCGAAUUGGGACGACGCCUUGGACGACGGCUUCGACAUCGCCGUGGUCAUGCUCGGCACGAACGACGCGAAGCGGGACAACUGGGACCGCGACACCUUCGUCGCGCAGUACGGCGCGUUGCUGGCGGAGACGAAGGCGAGGGCCGCGGCGCUCGUCGCGCUGCUGCCCGUGCCCUACGUGCCGGGCGACGAGUUCUCGGCCUCCGGCAAAUGGGGCGACGAUCCGUCGGUCAUGAACGAGGCGCUGCCGGCGGCGACGCUCGACGCCUUCGAGGAGGACGGCGCGGCGCCGGACGUCGUCGUGAGCCUCUGGGACGCCUUCGGCGGCGACGACCCCGACCUGUCGCUCUACGACGACGCGAUCCAUCCGAACCAGAAGGGCUACGAGAGAAUCGCGGAAACGGUCUACGCCGAGGGGCUCCUGGCCGUGGCCGCGGGGGCCCCGACCUACCAGCCGUCCACGUCCGCGCGGCCAUCCACCGCGCGGCCGUCCGCCUCGCCGUCGCCCGCGCCGUCGCCCUCGCCGUCCGCGAACCCGUCGCCGCGGCCGUCGGCGCCGCCGUCGCCGCCGCCGUCGCCGCGGCCGUCGGCGGCGCCGUCGCGGCCGCCGUCGCCCGCGCCGUCGCCGCCGCCGUCGCCGCCGCCGUCGCUGACACCAUCCGCGACACCAUCACGACCGCCGUCGCCCGCGCCGUCAGCAUCGCCGACGCCGCCGCGCGAGGAAUCAGCGAGCGGCGCCACGAACGCGGCGUCGCUCGGCGUCGUCGCGGUCGCGGUCGCCGCGGCGAUUCUAGGCGCGGCGCUCUGCGCCGCCUGCGCGCGCCGGCGCCGGGACGACUCGAAAGCGCCGCCGAAGCGCUGGGAGGACGUGACGACGGCGUCGUCGCCGACGAAGAACCGGCUCCUCGGGACGCCGAACGCGUGGCGCAAGCUCUUCAGCCCGUCGCCGAGGUCGAAGCGCGACUCCUGGGAGGAGACGGCGGCGGCCCUCGCGUCGCUCGACGACGCGAAGAUCUGCCUCCAGUUCGACCCGGACGAGGAGGAGCCAGGGACGCCGUCGGCGACGCGCGCGUUCCUGCGGGAGGUCAUGUCGACUCCGCUGGCGAGCCCGCGGCGCGAGCGCGCGCUGACGCCGGAGGAGUACCUCGAGCAGAGCCUCAGCGGCGGCCUCGAAGACGACGCGUCCGACGGCGACGUCGAGCUCGUCGACGGGGGCCUCGGCGACGACGCGUCCGACGGCGAGGUCGAGCUCGUCCGCGUCGACGAGAAGCCGCGGGCCGUCGACGUCGACGUCGGCGACGACUUCCCCGACCGCGCGCCCACGGACUCGCCGGACACGGUCAUCCACGAUAGGGCGGGGUAG